AUGGCGGGCGGGGUCUUUCCGCUGCUGCUGCUGUGUUUUCUUUCGCUUUUUUUGCUUCCAGCAGCAGCAGAAGACUUAAUUAUAAACGGAGAGCUGGAGUUUGUGGGGGAUCGGCCGGCGAAGCUGCCGCCGGGGUCGGAGUACCUGGUGCAGCUGAGCUUCGUGCUGAUGGACGCGCCCAGCGUGGUGAUCAGCGCCUUCAGAGACAGUGCAGAAAAGCUCAACGAGGGAAAGCCUCUUAAUUUCCAAUUAAGACUUCCAGAAGAGGAGAGAGGCAGCAGCAGGGGGCGGCACUUGGCGGUUUCGGCGGUGGUCAACGUGGGCUGGAGCAGCAGCAGCAGCAGCAGCAGCAGCCAAGGCAGCAGCGAGUGGAUCCGCAGAGGCGACUACAAAAACGUCUUCAUGAACCUUUUGGAAGUUCCCAAGGACAAGAAUACCAUUGAUGGCCUUAAAAUCGAAAUCGAACAGUACAAAUGA